AUGGCUGACUGGUCUCUUCUCAUGAUGGGCGCAAAAGCGCCAGACAAAUCCUUUAAGCGCAACCUCAAACGCCUCCACCAAGACCGGCGCUUCUCCGACCUAACCCUCGAAACCGGCCCCCUCAAACUCGACGUCCACAAAGCCAUAAUCAGCAGUCAAUCAGACUACUUCCAAGCCCUCCUCAGCAACAAGUGGGCCGAGUCCACCAGCCGCACCAUCCGCCUCGAAGACGAUGACCCAGAAUCCGUGAAAGCCAUGGUCCAAUUCAUGUACGAAUUCGACUACGACAGCCCAACCGACAACAUCGACGAACAAGACGACGUCGACCCAACCAUCUUCCACCUCCGAGUCUACAAGGCAGCAGACAAAUACCUCAUCCCAGAGCUCAAAGUAUCCGCGCUACGCAAAUUCCUCACAGCCACAAACACCUCCAAAAACCUAACCACGCUCCUCCCGCAAAUCAUCGAAGAAGCCUACGCCGCCACGCCGGCAAGUGAUUCGCGCCUGCGCCGCGCCGUACUAGAGCUAGUGCUCAGCAAGCAGGAUAAGCUCAUUCGCCGGGAUGCGUUCACCGAAGUUAUCAAGAACGGGGGCGACUUUGCGGUCGAUUCCAUGAGGGAGAUGAGCCAGGUUGCGGCGCGGGUGCGCGGGUUUCUGUGUUUUAAGUGUGGGCGCAAGAGUUACUUUGAUACUACGCGGUCGACGAGGAUCCGGGUGUAUACUUGCGUGGAGUGUGGGGCGCGUAUUAGAAGGGUAUUUUAUUAG